GCCUUCUUGUGGCGGUCAUGUUGUGUUGAGUUGUGUGCAUGUUAGCCACUGCGCUUCCUUUGCUUGAACCACUGCGCAGAGGCUUUUGUCUGGAGUCUGCUAAGUUACGAUUCCUUAAAGAUCUUGCUUUAUAUUGUGUUGGGACACAACAAUUUGCAGAUAUGCCAAGCCUUAAAUUGAUAUCUGCUACGGACACAGAGUACUCCACUGCUGUGCUGAAGUCACUGAAUGAGCAGCGAAAUAAUGGACUAUUUUGUGACAUUACAAUUAUUAUCCGGGACAAAAAGUUCAGAGCCCACAAAACCAUCUUAUCUGCUUCUAGUACGUACUUUCAUCAGCUCUUUACUGUGGCUGGACAAGUAAUUGAACUAAACUUCAUCAGAGCAGAAAUCUUUGAAGAAAUUCUUAAUUACAUUUACACAUCUAAGAUUGUUCGAGUUAGAUCUGACAUGCUUGAGGAGCUGAUACAAGCAGGAAAACUACUAGGAGUGAAGUUCAUUGCUAACUUGGCUUCACCUUUAUCUCAAGUGAAAGGGCUCCCAGGCUUAUCCAAAGAACCAGAAAACAUAAAUGAUACAUCUUCAGAGGUGAUGCCAAUAAUCACAGAAUCAUUUUCAAUAUCUUCUGAGGAAUUCAAUCAAACCUCAAAACCAGAAGGGGACGAUGAGGACUCAGACAGUGAUGUGAUGUUUGUCUCACAAACAACAACAGCAAAUCAGAAAAUUAACACUGAGGUUAUUGAUUUAGAGUCUUCAGAAGGCAUAAAUAUUGUACCUGUGCAACAGGAAGAUUGUGGACCACAAAAAACAUAUUCUGUAAAACCUCCUAAUUCUAAAAACUGCAGCAGUCCUAAAGGCAACUCCAAAGAUGUGUCUUCUCCUGUGACUACAACCGCAGCACCAGCCGCAGCACCAGCCGCAGCACCAGCCGCAGCACCAGCCGCAGCACCAGCCGCAGCACCAGCCGCAGCACCAGCCGCAGCACCAGCCGCAGCACCAACCGCAGCACCAACCACAGCACCAACCACAUCCACAGCCUUCAGCCAUGACACUCAAAGUCUUUCAGUAUCUUCCAAAACCAAAGAUCUUUUGGGAGUUCACAGAAAGCAAGUAGCAACUCCCGCCGCUCAGCAGGGGGAUCUCAAAAUAAGACUCGUCGAUGUGCCUGAUGCCUCUAAGGUGUGUGACAGUAACUUGUCUAUGUGUAAGUUUGGAGCAAAACAGACUGUAACUCUAAAAACAGCUGCAGACAUUGGUUCCAUUGGUUCAAUAUCUCCAGAUUGUCGAGUAUAUGCCAAUAUUGGAGAAAAUACAUACGACAUAGUCGCAGUAAAAGAUGACCCAGAAGAGGGAGGAUCUAAGGCUUAUAAUGGGAAAAGAGCAUAUAUGGCCACCCUCAACAGACCUUGUGAAGAAGAACCAGUUUCACAGACAAUGGGACCCAUAAAGAAAAGCAAAGUGGAUGAUAGUCAAUAUUAUGAGCUGGUCAUGGAUGGAAAGACCUUCUAUGUUUGCGUGGUCUGUAAACGCCCCUAUGUGUGUAUGACAAGUCUUCGUCGUCACUACAAUACGCAUUCAUGGGAAAAGCAGUAUCCGUGCCGACACUGUAACAAGGUAUUCGCUUUGGCCGAAUACAGAACUAAACAUGAAAUUAGUCAUACAGGAGAAAGGCGAUACCAAUGCUUGUUGUGCAAACAAACAUUUUUAAACUACCAGUUUCUUGCAAGCCAUUGCAAGUCAGUUCACAACCAGGAUCCUAGUGGGAGAAAGGGAAAGGAUUUAGCAGACAAUAAUCUUUAUCAGCUGCUUCCAUGCAAAACAGUGAAAAUGAAAGCAUACUCUUGGGUCUCAGAAGACAAACCUUCUGACAUAAAAACCGUGAUGACUGAGGAUGGCAGUGUGCAUAUCACAACUACACAUCAACAGGACUCAACCCAGAAGAGGAUGUUAAAUUGGGAUGACAUAUUUUUAGAGCCAGAUGCAAAUCCACAACCUGGGGGUUUAGUGAAUCAUAAGCAAGAGUCUGAAUUUGACUUCAUUCCACCACAGACUUACUAAACAACUAACAUACACUUUGUGCCUCUGAAUAUCAUUGCCUUUUCACAUGCCCCUGCUCCUGUACAGCAGAUAUUUCUUGUUAAUCUUGUUUAAAAAGGUGAAGUAAUUAUAAAAUUGGCACUAUUGAUUACAAGAAUAAAUCUGCAAAGAAAACAUAAUAUUUUGCAUCUGUUUUUAUAUUGAAGCUUGCAGAAAAAAAAAAUCUAGUAAUUGUUUUAUUAUCACAUGAAAAAAAAACAUGUACAAAUACUGAUGGUUUAACACCAACAGAAAAAAACUAUUGAAGCAAUGUCUAUAUUCCCUCAGUCGUCCGGAUAUACCAAAAGAAAUUUUCAAACUGAACUCUAAAACCUUGUUGAGAUUUUCAUUCCUUUUGUUAUUGAAACUGUUUUGGUUACAUUACUUUGGUAUUGUGGCAGGGGUGUUGAUUAUGUAAUUUUAAUAGUCAAGGGUUAACUUGUUGAUUUACAUGUAUUUUUUAUAAACUGCUUUUAUCUAUUUUGCCAAACUUAACGUUAACUAUACAAUCUAUAUGCAGAGAUACAGACAACUAUUCAGAUAGCACUUAGUACUUAUUUAUGCAGAGUUUUCAUAGCCAGCCUGUAGAAAGAGUAUGUCAGUCAAGGUUUAAAUGGAUUGUAAAUAAACACAUUAACAAUGGGACUGUCUAUAUUGUACAUUUUAGAGAAACCACGGUCUUUGAUAAUGUUUUUUUAUUUGUAGGAAAUUAAAUGUUUUAAUACACA